AUGUCUUCCAACAACAACAACAAAAAGAAUAAUAAUAAUAAAAUCAAGCCCAAUGGAAAAGCAUUUGUUCAACAGAAUGAUGUGAUAAAGGACAAUAGAUUCAAACGUGCUCAAAACGAUCCAAAGUUCAAGUUGAUCAAAAAGAAAGACAGUGCAAUCGAGUUGGACAGUAGAUUCUCCGAUGUCAUAAAGUCUGGUAGAUUCGAUGAUGAAGCUCCUGUUGAUCAAUUCGGUAGAAAGAAUCUAAAAUACGACAAGAACCAACAAAAAUUCAAUAAAGAACAAUUUAAGAAUGCACCGAAAUCAACAAAGCAACAACAACAGAAUAACAAGACUGCAACUAACGAUUCUAGAUUUGCAAUUCCAGAGAAAUGGAACAAGUUCCAAGAAGAUGGAGAGAAAGAUGAUGAUGAGGAGGAUGAGGAUGAAGAAGUAGUAGAACAAGUUGCACCAAAAUCGAAAAAACAACAAACAGUUCAAAAGAAAGAGGUUGCAGUUUCCACAAAACAAUCAAACAAAAAGAAACAAGUUGAAGAGGAAGAAGAAGAAGAAGAAAAAGACAGUGAAGAUGAUUCAGAGAUAGAGGAAGAAGAGGUAGAUGAUGAUGGUAAUACAGAGGUUAAGGAGAUUACAUAUGGUGGAUUCGAAUACAAUGAAGAUACAGAGAGUAGUGAUGAAGAUAACUAUGAUGAUGUAUUGGAUCAAGUAGAUGAAGAUGAAAUAGCUCAAGAAGAGGAUAUUCCAAGAGGAGAUGCAACAAAGAGAUUAGCUAUUUUAAAUUGUGAUUGGGAGAAUAUGCAAUCGAAAGAUCUAUUCAUUGUAUUGAACUCUUUUGUACCAAAGGAUGGUGCACUCUUGUCGAUUACCAUCUAUCCAUCGGAUUUCGGUUUAAAACAAAUGGAAAUUGAAAAGAGAUUGGGACCAUCAAAGGAUAUCUUUAGAGAUUCAACCAAGGUGAAUCUAGAUGAAACCGACAUUCAAUAUGAUACCAAAGAAGACGCUGAAGCACUCGAUGGUCGUGGAUUCAAUUUAACAAGUCUUAGAAAAUAUGAAUUAGAUAAAUUAAAAUAUUACUAUGGUGUUGCUGUAUUUGAUAGUGCUGAAUCUGCUUCGAAAGUAUAUGAGGAAUGUGAUGGUUUGGAUAUUGAAGACACUGCCAACUCUAUGGAUUUGAGAUUCGUGCCAGACGAGCAAGAAUUCACCAAUCCACCAAGAGAUAGCUGUACAGAGGCACCGGACGCUCCGCCCAAUCUCAACUUUACCACUACCGUUCUCAAGGGAACCAGUGUCGACUUUACUUGGGACGUCGAUAAGAACAGAAAGAAAGCACUCACCAAGAACUUCAAUAGCGGUGACUACGACGAAGAUGAAAUCAAGAUCUACUUGGCCGAUCCAGAGUCAUCGGAGGAAGACGAGAGUGACCAAGAGAGAAACAAGAAUGAGAAAGCGAAACUUAGAAAUCAAUAUAGAUCAUUGUUGCUCGGUAACGAUGAUGAUGAUGACAACGACAAUCAAGACUCUGAGAAAUCCGAAGGUUUAAAGGUUACUUUUAAAUCUGGUUUGGAAAGUGAUGAUGAGGAAGAUGAUGGUCUCAAAGUUGAAUUCUCAGAUGGUGAAGUCGAAUCUAGUGGAAGUGAAGGUGGUCAAGAUGAUAGUGAUGAUGAGAGUGGUGGUGACAGUGACGAUGAAAGUGGUGAAAGUGAUAGCGAACAAGACAACCAAAUAGAUCCACAGGAUGAAGAAUGGACCAAACAAAUGAUGGACAAAGAUUCAGACGACGAUGAAACCGCUCAAGAAAUUACAAUCAAAACAGAUUUACAUAAAGUUGGACAAAAUCUAUUAAAGGAGAAAGAGAAACGUGAAUCUGGAACAACAUGGUCAGAUUACUUGGAGAAGAGACAAACCAAACAGAAUGAAAAGAUGAAGGCAAAGAGAUUGAAAGCACAAGAGGAAGAGAAAAAGAGAGAGGAAGAAUCAAAGAAGGGUAGAAAGAAUAAGAAACCAACCGAGCAAGAACUCAAAUCAAAGGCAGAGCUAGAGUUGUUGAUGAUGGACGAGGACAAGGACAAGGGUUACAACAAGAAGAUGUUGGAGCGUCAAGUCAAAGAGAAUACCUCUACCAACAAGAAGAAGAACAACAAAAAGAAGAAUGAACCAGAGGGUGGUGAUUCAUUCAAGAUCGAUACCAAAGACAGUAGAUUCGAACGACUCUACAAUCAAGCCGAUUUCGCAAUGGAUCCAACCGAUCCCAAAUUCAAACUUACCAACGCCGUCAAGGGUAUUCUAGAGGAGAAGAAGAGAAGAAGAGCAGAUCGUGAUCAAAAUAAUAAUAACAACAACAAACCAAACAAUGCCAACAACAAACAAAAAGCAGUACUAGAAGAGAAACAAGUCGAAAAGAAAGUUAAAACAGAGCAUAAUAGUUUCCAACAAAUGGCAGCAAACAUUAAAAAGAAAGCUGAAUUACAAAAAUCAAAAAAGUUAAAAUAA